AUGCUCAACACGAAGCGCCCAAGUGGGCUUAGCGAGAGCUCAAUUCAGCAAAAAGAAUGGCUUCAAUGUCUUCGAACGGAUGUGCGAAGCCUUCACGCUCUGUUCAAAGUUGGCGUGGCGCUCUCACCAGCAGUUCAGAGCAACGUCAAGACGUACUGGACGGACCAUGCUGCGCAAGUCGUUGCCGUCACCGGUUUCGCUUCCCUCGCCUUGUUUGAGAGCGUAGACUGGAAGACAGCAUUGGACGCAGCGCUCCGGUCCCCUGGAUCGGCUUCCAGCACUACCACCGCCAACGACCGUGAAGAUCCUGUGCUUUACUUUUUCUCAUCCAAACCUAGUACCCCGAAAGACGUUUUUGACACUUUUUGCAAAAAUCUCGAUGGCGGAAAGGGCUUCCUCGAUUCAUUCGAUGGCAACCCCUGGCAGGGGUACCAGACAAAAUUAAAAAAAGCUGAAGUUCUUGCCGUCAAGAGUCAACCUUGGUAUGACGCAAUUCAAGCAGUAGCAGAUCUUGGUAUGGACGAGGACAAUGAAGUCGACUUUGACCAUCUCGACCCCGAUGCGCUCUUACAGUCGAGGCAGCAAGGCAAUGAGACCCAUACUCAACAUAAACGAAAGAUGGACUAUGGGCCCUCUAAUACACCGCGCCAACUGCAUAUCCUGUCAGCUCGGCCAGAGGUAGGAGUUCCGAUCGAGAGUCAAGACUACCGUUUCGAUGACUCUUCGGGUGAAGGAGUCACCAUCUACUUUGUGGACAGUGGCUUUGAGCUGGAAGCGGCCGAACUCCAGAGAGGUCCCAGCAACCGCGAAAGCGGCUGGCAUGUCAUUCCAAACCAGUUGACCAUGACAGAGGACCUGAUAAACAAGAAAAACGCCGACUGGGAACCGCUGGACGAAGACCUGAGGGGACAUGGGAGCCCAAAUCAUGGUACCGGCGUAGCAAUUGCAGCCUCUGGCCUGAACUAUGGAGUUGCGCCAAAGGCCAAUCUCAACUUCCUCAAGGUUCGGGGAACUGUACGCAAAAAUUCUGAUGGGACCCUCUUCAGUCCACCUCCACAAUAUGGCGCGGUCCAUCGCGCUAUCUCUAUCAUUCAAAACGAUAUAAAUUUGCGGAAGCUCGGUGGCAAAUCGGUCGUCAACUUCUCAUGGGGUGUCCAUCGCUACCAUGCGCAGCCUGUUGACGUUACUUCACCGCUCUACAAGCUGUUCGCCAAAUUCGAGGCAUGGUGCAAUGACAAAGGUCUCAUCUUCGUCGCGGCUGCAGGGAACUUUGGAAACAAGGGCAAGAGCUCAAUUCCGACCGGCGGUACGCUUCCACAGCGAGUAGGAACGAAGGACAACGCACUUAUCACUGUUGGUGGAGUCAACCGAAACGGCUGGUUAUGGCUACCGACUUCUCCUGAAGGUGCAUGGAGCAGAGAACCUGACGGUUUGACUGGCAGUAUCACUUUGUAUGCACCUGCUUCUGGUGUGGAGGCCAAUAUGGCUCCAGUCGGUCAACCCCCGUCGAUAAGAAAUCUAGCGGGUACAUCUCUUGCCUCUCCUAUCGUGGCUGGACUUGCCGCCUACUUUAUCAACAAAAGGCCAGGUAACCAGGUCUUCAGCAGUGCUAUUGGCAAAGAGAUGAAAAAGGCCCUCGUGGACACUGCCGUUCACUGGCCACCACCAAACCAACAGCCGAACGUGAUCACAGCCAACAAUGGUGCUUGGUCUCUGGACCCGACCCUUUGCCAACGAGAUGGACCAGGCUGCAGGAGCCCUGCGCCGCCGCCGCCAGCUCCCCCUCCCAAAGACACAUACACCGGCAAAUGUGCUUGGGGCGACGAAGAGUACGCCGUCUACUACGACGACAAUUGCACCAAACCAUUUGAAUACACGGUAUGCGCUUCCUGGGGUCAAUGCCAGCACAUCACACCUGGCUUCUCUUCCAUGAAAUGGCUCGGAGUACCGGACAUCGUAGAGUCAUCGGGAUAUCACCUCAAGAGUAGGGUCAUUGCCUUUGGUGGACCAAGCUGUGGCGAGGAUGCACAUGCCUACGAUUUUUGGGAUCGUGGGUGCCUGAAGCAGUUCAACAAGGGCAAGAACAAUGACGGCGAGAGAUUUACGGCCAAUUCUUUGAGGAUUGAGGACUUCUGA